GCCCAUUCAAAUUUCGGUGAUAAGAUUCGGGGACGCAGAACUACAUACACAAAGCGCCCUCCCUGUCCUGAAACCGUCCCGGUGUCGUUUAUCUUAUCAGUGAGCUCAGAUCAGCUCAGACUCGCUGAUUUUACAUCUAGGCAGGGAUUGCAGGUGGACCAUCUGAGCAGCGCCCGGGUAGGAGUGUCAGCCAGAAGGGCUCGGCGUGACGGUGGCCUUAUCAUCCUUCUGUUCUCCACCAAGAUGAGUGUGUUUCAAGCGGAUCGACCCCCAACCACGGCGUUACACCUCACGGAUUAUCCGACGGACCCGAUGUCCAAAGAGGGAUCCUCCACGUCCCAGUAUAGUAAGAAGGAGGAGGUGAGCCUUGGGGGGCAAAUGGCGGACGCAUGUCCCAUCUGUGGGGACAGGGUGUCGGGGUACCAUUACGGCUUGCUGACCUGUGAGAGCUGUAAGGGCUUCUUCAAGCGAUCCGUGCAGAACAACAAGCUGUACACCUGCACCGAGCAGCAGAGCUGCCCCAUGGAUAUGGCCCAGCGCAAGCGCUGCCCUCACUGCCGCUUCCAGAAGUGCCUGGCGGUCGGGAUGAAGAAGGAGGCAGUCAGAGCGGAUCGAAUGAGGGGCGGGCGGAACAAAUUUGGACCUCUGUAUCGCAGGGACAGGCAACUGAAACAACAGAGAGAAGCCUCUCACCAGCCAGGCAGCGCCCCCUACAGGAGCAGGCUGGAGGGCACUUUGCCACACCUGCCUUCGACACACGAUUUUCAUUUGCUGACCAGCCCUUCAACAGUUCUCCCCUCUGACCCCUUCCACCAAUCACAGCUCCAGCCUUCAAUGCCUGGCCAAUCAGAAUGUCCAAUUAUUCUGGACUGCACCAUAAGCAGAGACAGAACCCUGGCCCCACCCACCUUCCCUGCCACUGGACUGUACCAUUCCAGCUUUCAGGGGUAUGCACAGAGUAAGACAGAGUUUUUCCUGAGCUACAGCCAGACCCCAGCUACCCCCAGCUCUGCUGCCACGCCCCCCACCCUGCUUGCCCCACCCUCGGAGUCCUGCCUCUUGGCUGAACUUCUCGACGGGGAGCCAGAGGAGGCUGAACUCUGUACCCGGGUCCUAGGCAGUCUGCAGAGGGAACAGGCCAGCCGCGGGAAACACGACAGACUCAACACCUUCAGCAUCAUGUGCAAGAUGGCUGACCAGAUGCUGUUUGGGCUGGUGGAGUGGGCCCGUGGCUGUGCUCUCUUCAAGGACCUAAAGGUGGAGGACCAGAUGUGCCUGCUGCAGAGCUGCUGGAGCGAACUGCUGGUGCUGGACCAUCUACACAGACAGGUGGCCUUUGGGAGAGAGAGCAGCAUCUACCUGGUUACCGGACAGCAGAUCGAGGUGCCCACCAUCCUGUCCCAGGCUGGGGUCACUCUCAGCAGUCUUGUGUCCAGAAGUCAGGACCUGGUGUCCAAACUGAGGCUCCUACAGCUUGACAAGCAGGAGUUUGUCUGCCUGAAGUACCUGGUGCUGUUCAAUCCUGACGUCAAGUCAGUGCAGGACCGUGAGCAGGUGGAGCGGACCCAGGAGCGGGUGAACCGGGCCCUGAUGGACCACACGCUGAAGACGCACCCGAGCCAGGCAGACAAGUUUGGACAGCUGCUGCUCAAGCUGCCACAGGUGCGCAGCCUUGGCCUGCAGGUGGAGGAGUACCUGUACCAGCGCCACCUACUGGGCGACCUGCCGUGCAACUCACUGCUGACUGAAAUGCUGCAUACCAAGCACACCUGACAGGGGCCGGGUGCGUUUCAUAGGAACCCCAAAAAGGACGGCGUCUCCAAGGAUGCACGUGAUGGCAGAUAUUGUGGCUUA